UGCUUCCGUUAGCUGCUCAGGAUUUCUGAUUCACGGUGCGGUGCCUCGGUCAGCCUUGGGACAGUUUUUUCUUCUUUUGUGUGGCAGUGAGACUAAAGAAAGGAUGGAGCUGGGAAAAGGAAAACUUCUUAGGACUGGACUGAACACAUUAUAUCAAGCAACACACCCAACCUAUGGCCUUGCCUGGACUGAUGGGAAUCAGGUAGUCCUGACUGAUUUACAGCUUCAGAGUGGACAGGCCAAGUUUGGGGACUCCAGAGUCAUUGGACAAUUUGAACAUGUCUGUGGGCUUUCCUGGGCACCACCUGGCAUAGCUGACCUGCCCACUCUGCUUGCUGUCCAGCACAAGAAGCAUAUCACUGUGUGGCAGCUGGGUCCCAGCACUGUGGAGUCAAGUACAUUGUCUCAGACCUGUGAAAUCAUUGAGUCACACCCUGUCCUUCCUCAGGGCUGUAUGUGGCACCCAAAACAUUCUGUCCUGACUGUUUUGACUGCGCAAAAUGUCUCCAUUUUUCCUAAUGUUCACUGUGACAAUUCCCGAGUAAAUGUGGAUAUCGACACCCAAGGCCGCAUUCACUGUGCAUGUUGGACCCAGGAUGGCCAGAGGCUGGUGGUGGCAGUGGGCAACAGCCUUCAUUCUUACAUUUGGGACAGUGCUCAGAAGACUCUUCACAGGUGCUACUUCUGUCCAGUGUUGGAUAUGGACAGCUAUGUUCGCUCCAUCACAGCUACUGUGGACUCGCAAGUUGCUCUGACCACUGAGCUCCCCCUGGAUAAAAUUUGUAGCUUAAAUGCAUCUGAAGCUAUUGAUGUUCCACCUCAUGGUGAUGUUUCUGAUCAGCACACCCUUCCUGUGAUGGGCGACAUGCCCCCUGUGGAUAAAUGGGCAACUGUUUCUGAAAUGAGUUCUGGAAUAGCAAUUUCACCUUCCUUUUCUGAGCCCCUAGAUCUAACUCAUGUACGUUUCAACCAACCUAAGGAUGAAGAGAAUUUUCUUAUUUGUCUAAGAAAACAGGAUUACUUGACAGGUACUGGUCAGGAUUCUUCUCAUUUGGUCCUUGUAACCUUUAAAAAAGCUACUACCAUGACCAGAAAAGUCGCUAUCCCAGGCCUUCUGGUUCCUGAUCUAAUAGCAUUUAAUCUUAGAGCACAGAUAGUAGCAGUGGCUUCCAAUACUUGUAAUAUAAUUUUGAUCUAUUCUAUUAUUCCAUCUUCCAUGCCAAACAUCCAGCAAAUUCAGUUAGAGAAUAGUGAAAGACCAAAAGGCAUAUGUUUCUUGACAGACAAAUUAUUAUUAAUUUCAGUAGGAAUACAAAACUCAACCGAAACUGCAUUUCUUCCUUCUUCAGAAUCUGAUCAGUAUAACAUUCGCUUGAUUGUUAGAGAAGUAAUAUUGGGAGAAGAAUGUUCAGUAACAUGUAAGAAAAGACAGAGUGCUUAUUCAGCUCUUAACACUCAGUUAAAUAAAGCAGAGAGAGAAAAGUUAAUUGAAAGUCUUUCCCCAGAUUUUGGUUUCCACACCAGACAGCUUCUGUUAACAGCCAAUACCAGUAGUCAAAGUAGACUGUCUGAAAGACCCCUUAUUAAAGAAAUCAAAAGUCCUUCAUCUACUAUCUCUGAUGGUUCCAUUGUCCUGGACACACUCCAUAGACCCUCCUGGGUCUGGACGACAUUGCCCAGACCCAGCAGAACACCAGACCACACUAGCACACCAGAUCUUCCUAAUUUGCCUCAAAGAGAGAACUUUAAAAAGGAAAACGAAAUUUACCAGCUAUCUAAAGAAGUGGAAAUUUUAACUAGGAAUCUCAUUGAAAUGAAGCAGUAUAUUUUUGAACUCCUGGAUUUCAUACAUACUGAGAAGAAAUCCUCUCCUGUCUACCCACUCUCUCGGGAUCCUCCUUAUGUUCACCUCAUUUACCAGAAACCUUGUUCUGUAGAUCCUGCUGAAAAGAAAACAGUCCUUCUCUGUGAUGGCAAACUACGGCUCAGUACAGUUCAGCAGACCUUUGGCCUCAGUCUCGUUGAAAUGCUGCAUGAUUCCCACUGGAUCCUUCUUUCUGCUGAUAGCCAAGGCUUCAUCCCAUUAACUUUCAUAGCUACCCAGUCAGUUGUGGUGAGAGAUGGCAGCCUGUCCAGAUCAGAGGUCUCUAGGGACUCCUCACAAUCCUGUUCCUCCUCCUGAAGCCUUUGGGGACCUUGCCACCGAGAAGUUUACAUACACCUGGCUGUUCUAGCCAUUUCAGUGUGCGGCCUGAUGGCAGUUUGCAGUGUUUGCUGCCUCACUUUCAGAUGCACCAGUAACAAGCAAGACUGUUGUGCCACAUGGACUCUCACUGUUGAGGUCUGUGCUGUCACUCAGGUGAGGCUGCUGUGCUUGGCUCUGCCCUUUCCAUUGGGCUGAGUUGUGCUGCUGCUUGGCAGAGCUCAGUCUUUGUUAGCUGGCUUGGAGAGCAUUUGUUAUGUAUUUAUGUAUGUGUUAUUUUGUCCUUCCUAAAGCUGAACAGUACUGUGGUGCCAUAUGGUUUGUGUUUCUUAAUGGCUUUGUGUCUAAGGAGCACACAGGUAACAUUGAUGGGGAUGGGGACAUUAUUCAAUGGUUAAAGGCACUUGCUUAAAAGCCAGUAAAUGUGAGUUCAGUCUUCCCCAGAACCCACUUAAAGCUGGUGACAGACAAAAAGUGGCUCAUACAUCUGUAGUACCAAGUUCCCUAAGAGAAUGGGAGGCGGAACCAUGAGAAUCUGAAGCUUGGGCUAGCUUGCAACAAGAGAGACUGACUCAAGGAGGGAGAGCUGACAUCAUACAGAUCCCUUAGAACACUCCACCUGACAAAGGAAGAAGCGCUUGACAAGAGGGACCAACAGGAAGAUGAGCAUCAUUUGCAUAAGGGGAGUAAAGAGGGAAGUGGGCACUGCUAUACCCCCCCCCCAUCCGGGAGCUUUUGUUCAUAAUAAACCUGUUACCUUUGUUAUUUCUAAACUUCUAUCUGUCCUGGGGCAUCCAGUUCUUUGCCCUAAGGAAUCUAGGGGACCCGGAACCCCCAGGCAGCAUGGCAGCAGAGGGUCCCCUUAGCCAAGUGUUCCGCCACUGCCUAAUUUUCCACUUUAAU